AUGAUAGAAGAAAGUUGUUAUGGUUAUUAGAAGAAUAAUAAUUCUGAUACUUUGGACUUUGAUUUUACACAAUUAGAGUAAGCUGUCUUGAUUUCAAAGGAAAAUGGAUUAUCAAAAUUGAUUAAAGGAUCAGAUCAAUACUAUUAUUAAUAUUUUCUAAAUAUCUUAAAUUAGAAAGGAUACUAACUUAGUUCAAUAGAAUAAGAACAUUUUAAACAUUAUAAAUAAAUGAAAACUAUUAAUUAUUAGAAAAUUCGUUUAAGAAGUUUGUUUAUUGAAUAUGAUAAUCUUAUAAAUGAACCUUUGCAAACAGAAGAAAUGAUUCAAAAAGAAACAUAAAUUUUGUAAAAAAUCAACAAGAAAUUAUUUAAAAUCAACUUUGAAGAUUUAUCUUCAAAUAUUUCUAUAAAUGUAAUUUUAAUGAUUAAUUUAGUAAUCAAAUGUUUUUAAUACUAAUGUAUAAGUAAAAGAGUUAGUUUCACAAUUUGACAAUAAUAAAUUGAUUUUGGAUGAUUAUCUAAAGGAUGCUUAUACAGAAAAGGGAAUCAAUAAAUUAUCUGUUAAUCUUUUUUCGUAAUUAGAUCUUUAAGAAUUAAUUAAUGCUCCAAAUAAAGUUAUUGAAAUAUUCUUUAAUUAAUUAUGCCAAAAAAAAGAGGGAUUAAUUUUAAAUGAUAAUGUUCCCUAAUUUUUCAACAAAUUAAUAGCAAAAAAAGACUUUAAUUUUUCAAGUAAUUGUUUCAAGUUAUUAACUAUUGAUUAAAUGGAAGAGAUAAUAAAUUUAAAUAGAAAAUAUUUAGAGAAUUAGUAUUUUGUAGGAAAUUUGUUUUUUAAAAAAUUUAGAUUAGAUUAGGACAUUUAAGUAUCAUAAUUGAAUAUAGAGUAAAAUAAAGUUAUAUAAUAAAAUUUAAAUGAAUCAUACAAUUGGACAAAAUAAUUACCAGACAAAUUUAAUUCUCUUAGACAGAUAAUUAGAAGAGAAUUACUUUAAUUUGGUAAAUAUUUAUUUUGAAUUAUAAUAGGAAUUGAAAUUUAAUUUUAUGAUUUUGAUAUAUUUUUAGAUUAUCUAAAAAAUCCAACAGAAAUUUAUUAAAAUAUCACUAAAUAACAUUGGGAUAUGCAAAAUAAAAUCAGAAAUGAAUUUUAAUCUAAUUGGGAUGAAUGGCAUGGAUAUAAAACUGAAAGAUGUAAAUAUUUUAUAAUAUAAAAUUAGGGAUGAAUACUAAUUAAUUAAUUGAAAAGUAUUUAUAAAAGUAUUUUGAAUCAAAUUAAGAUUAUAGUAUAUUAGAAUAAUAUUUGGAAUCUUAUUAUUUGAAGGAAUAGAGAGCUAAAUGUCGUUUAUAUUAAGGAGAUGAAGUUUAAGAUUUAAAUACAUAUUUUUCAAAUAAUGAAAUAAAAUAGAUGAACAAUAGUAAGAUUUUGUAUUUAUGUGAUAAUAAUAAACCUUAUUUUAUACAUGGAGAACCUGUUUAAUUAUUUAUUGAAUUAAAGAAUAUUUAAAGUUUGACUAUUAAAAUAUUUCAAAUAAAUAUGAAAAACUUUUAUAUGGCUAAAAGUGAAUAAUUAACAUCAAAUUUAUGUUUGGAUGGAUUUAUUCCAACAGAAGAAAUUAAUUUUAUAUAUGAUUAUCCUCCUAUUAAAAAGGUAAUCAAAGAGUUUUCUUUUGAAUCUAUUUAAAAAACUGAAAGAGGAACCUUUAUUAUUGAAUUUAUUGGAAAUGGAUUAUCUUCAAGAGCAAUUAUUGAAAAAGGACGAUUAUGUUUAAAGGAAAAAAUUGUAUCUGCUGGAUAUAAGUAUGAGAUAUUCAAUGAAAAAUUUGAGAAAUUAUAUGAUGAUAAAAUUGGAUUAUGGAUUGAUCAAAAUUUUUAUAAUUUGAAUAAAGGUGAAAUUAUAAUACCAUUCCCUAAUGAGGAAACCGAAUAUUAAGCUAUUAUUUAGUAUGAAGAUUUCUAUUAAAAGGAGACUAUUGUUUUAAAACCUGAAUAAUUUAAAUUAAUUUGUAGUUUCAUAAUGGCAAAUGAAUAAAUAUAAUUAGGAUAAGAUGCAUCAAUUGUUAUUAUUCCUAAAUUAAUUUUGAAUAAUACUGAUAUUGGAUUUGGAAUUUUUAAAGAUGCUUAAGUUUAAAUAUCAUGUUAAAAUGAAAAAGGCGUUCCUUAAACAUUCAACUUUAAAGACAUUUCUUUUGAAAGUUAAAUCCCAUUAGAAUUUAAAUUUCAUAUUAAUUAAAAAUUAGUAAAUAUAUAAGUAGAUGUAUAAGGUAAAAUUAAAUAAUUACACAAAAAAGAAGAUUUAGUAUUAGAAUAAACUUUUAAUAUUCAACUUUAAAAAAAUACAUUAGAAUAAAUAUUUAUAAAAUAAUUGCUAAGAUUUGAUGAUAUAGAUGGAUAUUCAAUAUUUGUUUUAGGAAAGAAUGGUGAACCUAUCAAAAAUGUUUAAGUUUAAGUUUUAUUUAAACACUCUUUCAUUAAUGAUUAGAUCAAAGAAAAUCUUAUAACUGAUUAAAAUGGAUAAAUCAAAUUAGGAUUUCUACCUAAUAUAGAAAAUAUAAAUUCAUCUGUCCUAUCUACUAAUUAUUAGAUAUUAAAAUAAGAAUGGAACAUCUUGAAUCAAUUUCAUGUAUACUAAAAAUAUUUUGAAUCAUCUGUUAAUUUUGGAUAAACACUUACUUUACCAUUCUCUUCUAAAUUAGAAAAUGUUUAGUUUUAUUAAAUUAAACUUUCAUCAUUAUCUGAAAUAAUUCCUAUUAAAAAUCAUAGAAAUAUGAUUUAAUUUGAAGAGAAUCAAAUAACUAUUUAAUUCACUUAGAAAGGUGAAUUCUUACUAUAAUUAUUAAAUGAAUAAUAUACUUUUAAAUUCAAAGUUAUUGAUAAUACUUUAUAAUAAUCUAAAGAAUUCCUCUAUACAUAAAAUGAAAGGAUAUAAAAAUAAUAUGAAAGAGAAAUGUAUUUAAAUAAUAUUGUAACCUAACAGAAUGAUAAUAAUAUUUUGGUUAAAGGUGAUAUAUUAAGUGAUAAGGAAUAUCAUUUAAUUGCAAUAGCAACUACUUUUUAUCCUGAUAUAAGUAGCUUAGAUAAAUAAAUGCAAAAUAUUAUGACUAAUUAUGUAAUUGACAAUAGUCUUAAAAUUGAAUUUAAAAAUAAUAUUUAUUUGUGUAAUUUAAAAUAAUCAGAUGAGUUAGGAUAUAUAAUUGAAAGAAAAAAUUAACCAAAAUAUGUGGGUAAUACCCUUGAAAAACCUUAAAUCUUAUUAAAUCGAUUUGUUACUGAUUGUACUGAAACUUAAGAAGAAUAAUUGAAAUAAGCUUUGCAUAAUUUAUCAAAAUAGAAACACAAUUAGAGAUUAGCAUCAAAAGCUUAUAGAAAAUCAGGACUAUCAUCAUAUCAUCAAUAAAGUUUUGAUUCUUUUUGUGAAUUUUUAAAAUAUUCUGGCAGAGUAAUAACAAAUAUUCAUAAGGAUAAGAAUUAUUAUUCCUUUGAAGUUCCAGUACAUUAUUCAACAGUUGUGAUUUUAGCAUAUUAAGAUGACAAUUAUAGUAUAAAAGUACUACCAUUAUCGAAUAAUUAAAUUUAAAUAAAAGAUCUAUGUCAUGUAUCUUAAUUGGAGAAGAAUAAAUUUUAUUCUACUUUUAGAAGUACAAAAGAAAUCAUCCCAUAGACUCCUUUUUAAAUAUAAGACAUAACAUCAACAGAAAUAUUUUAAUUAGACUCUUUGAAUUUAUUAUUUAAUAUUUAGAAAGAGUUAAUGAGAAUCAAUAAAUAAAAGAUAAAAGAAUAGGAUUUAAUAAUUAUAUCUGAUCUUUUAAAAUGGGAUAGAGAAACAUUUCAGUUUAAAUAGAAAUUUUAUAAUUAAUAUUAAUGUGAUGAAUUGAAUUUAUUUCUCUAUAUGAAGGACUACCCAUUUUUUGAAACAGUGAUACUGGAUCAUAUUAAAAAUAAAAUAGAAAAAUCUUUUAUAGAUUACUUUCUACUUUAAGAUCAUUAAGCUCUUUAGAAAUAUGAAUAAGUCUAAUUAUUUUAAUAAUUAAAUGGGUUGGAAUAAGCACUUCUUGUAAUUUAUAAUUAAGAAAUUGCAGAAAAGCAGGAAGAAGCUUAGAUUAUGGCUAAAUAUUUAUAAUAAAACUUUAAAACAAUUGCAAAUAAAUAGGAUGAUGAUAAAUAUAAAUUGCUUUUUGAUACAAUCUUAGGAGUAGAAAAAGAAAUGAAAAAUGAAAAAAAUAAAAGUUAAGAAUAAGAAAAAUAAAGUUAAAUAAAAAGUUCUGAAUCAUAAUUCAAAGAUAAAUCUCAAAUAAAAUAAAAAGAUAAAGCUAAAUCACGCUCUCGACAUGAUAGGGAUGAGGAAGGGGAUGAGGAUGAGGAUGAGGAUGAGGAAGGGGAUGAGGAUGAGGAAGGGGAUGAGGAGAGGGAUAAUAGUAGUGAUAGUCAUAGUAGUGAUAGUAAUAGUAGUAGAAGUUCUAGUAUGAGUAUGAGUAUUGUUAGAAGUAUUAUUAGGAGUAUUAGUCCUAAAAUUAAGAAAAAUGAUUAAAAAGAAAUUGUUUAGGCUCGUGGAGGAUCAAGAAAUCAAUAUACAGCCGGGAAGUCUACAGUCGGAUGUGUUUCUAAAAGAAAAGGAUUCAGAAAAUAUAAUUCCAUGCGUGACAAUUUAAUUUAAUCUUUUGAAAAAGUUGAAGCUACUAAAGAAUAUUGUGAGAAACAUUAUAGUGUAGGAAUAAAUUAAACAUAUUUUAGAAAUUUGAUUAAGGUGUCAGAUUUUUACAUUGAUUUAGCCAAUCACUCAAUAUAAAAAGGGUAUUUCACCUAAAACUUCAUUUCAUCUUCAUUUAUGUAUUGUACUUCUAAUUUCACUGAAAUCAUAAGUGUAUUAGCAUUAAUGAGUUUACCAUUCUAAUCUCCUAAACAUAUAUAAUAAUAAAUAGGAAAUAAGGGUAUAGAAUUAAUUUAUCCAACUUCUGCUCUCAUAUUUAUAAAGGAGAUUUAAGAAGCUCAAGUGUAACCUAAUUCUAGAAUUAUAAUUAAUUAGUCUUUUUUUGAUCCUAAAAAUGAAGAAAUAAAUGAGUAACAAGAUAAUGAAGAGGAAGAAGAUCUAAACUAUUUUUCUAUAAAAAAGGUUUAUGGAUGCAAAGUAGUUGUUUCUAAUUGUUCAGCAAUUUCUUAAACCUUUUAAUUAUUAAUGGAAAUUCCUAAUGGUUCAAUUCCAGUUAGUACAACAUUUUCAACUAAAACAUUAACAUUAACUCUUUCUCCUUAUUAAACUUAAAUUUAAAAAUACUAUUUCUAUUUUCCUAAAUAAGGAGAUUUCACAAUAUAUCCAGCUAAUAUUUCAAAACUUGGAAAAGUCAUUUAGAUUGCAAAAGAUAAAAUAUUUUAAGUUUAUGAUGAAAAGACAAAGGUUAAUUUAGAAAAUAUAAAUGAAGUUUUAUUAACAGAUAAUAAUUAAGAUAUAAUAAAUUAUAUAGAGAAUAAGAAUAUUUUCAAUUCAAAAUUAUUUAAUCCAAAAUUAUUAUAUCAUAAAUUUAACAAUAAAGUAUUUUAUAAUUAAGUCAUGUAAAUAUAUAGAAAUAGAAAAUUUUAUGAUUUUAAUAGUUUUGCUUAUUCAUUAUUACAUAAUAAUAUUGAAUGUUUAAAAGAAUUAUUCAUGACAUAAAAAGCUUAGAAUGCUUUGAAAUAAUAUUUUACACAUUUUAAAUGUUCAUUAUUUGAAAUCAAUUAAAUUAGAAUUCUUGAAUAUUAUCCACUUAUUAUUAAAAGAGUACAUAAACUUUAUAAAGGAGAGAAUAAUAUAUUAAAUGUAUAAUUUAGAAAGUAAUAUACAAAAUAUUUAAUUUAUCUUUUAGAAAAGCCUUAAUUUUCAACUAUAGAUAAAUUAGUUCUUAUUUAUUAUUUAUUAUUAUAAGAGAGAGUAAAUGAAGCAGUUUAAAUAUAUUAAUAAAUUAGUGAAGAUGAAUAAAAAGAAUAAUAAUUAUAAUUUGAUUAUUUAUCUGCAUAUUUAGAUUUUUAUACUGGUUAUCCUAAUUUUUAGAAAGGAAGAGAUAUAUGUAAAAAGUAUUUAAGUUAUCCUGUUAUACAUUGGAGAAAUAUGUUUUAUGAAAUGAUUAAUUUAUUGAUAGAAUAUGAUGGAGAAGAAGAUAAUUAAUUCUCUAAAUUAGAAAUAACUUAAUAAUAAAAAUAAUAAGAGAUUAUUAAAAAAGAAGAAACAUUAUCAGGUUCAAUAGAAGGAGAUUCAAUUAAUCUUACAUAUUCAAAUUUAUCAGAAGUAAAAAUAGAAUAUUAUAAAUUGGAUAUUGAAAUUCUAUUCUCAAAUAAUCCAUUUAUGAAAAAUAUAAUAUAAGAUUUUUCAAUUGUUUUACCAAAUCUAAAUAUAAAUCAUAAACUUGAAGGUUAAGAAAUUUAAAAGAAGUAAUAAUAUAUAUUUUAAUUAUUUAAGUUUAUUUUAAUAGAAAAUUUUAAUACCUAAAGAAAUUUCAAAAGAGAAUUUAUUUGUUACAAUAAAAGGUUAAUAAAAAUAAGUAACUUGUAAAUAUUAACCAACAUCAUUGUUUGUAUAAACUAUGGUAGACUCAGGAUAAAUAAGAGUAUUUAAUUAAUAAGGUUAAUACUUAUCUAAAGUUUAUGUUAAAGUAUAUGCAAAAGAUAAAAAUGAUUAAGAGACAUUUCAUAAAGAUGGAUAUACAGAUUUAAGAGGAAGAUUUGAUUAUGCUUCACUUAGUUAAUCAAAUCAUAAAAAUAUUGUUAAAUUUUCAAUGUUAAUUUAUCAUGAAGAAUUAGGUAUUAAUCACUAUAUAUAUAUAUAAUAGGAUCUAUAAUUUAAUAGGUUUUACCUCCACCAACUUUAGCAUAAUAUGAAAAAGAAAUAUAAUUAAUUGGUAAUAAAUGGAGACAAUAAGAAUAAGAAGAAUAUUAAAAUAAGUAGAUUGUUUAAUAAACUUAUAUGUCUGGUAAAGCAGGAAAAAUAUCUAAAUAAAUAAAUAAAAGAGUUUAAUAAUGA